AUGGACCUGGUGUACCCAACGCCGCCGCAGGCGCGAGUCGGCCUCGACGCGCUGGCCGACGCGACGCUCGCUCGCCUGCGCGUGCUUGUGGCUGUCGAUGCGAGCGACGAUGCGCAGCCGGUCGCUGCCGACGUUGUCGGGUACUAUGGCCUCCGCCUCAUGGUGGCCGCGUCCAGCGACGCUGCCUUCUUCCACGCGUGGUGGCUUCGCGCCGAGACCAAGCUCUUCCGCGCGCGCUUGCGUCGGUACCUCGACUCGAACGCGGCGCCAUCGGCCAAGGCGACGCUUGUCCAGUACCUCUUGGCGCGAUCGCCGACCACGUAUGCGACCGACAACGAUGGCGCGUUGCGUGUGCCGUUCUACGAGGUGCCAUCGCUCGUGGCGCAGCGCGAUUGCACGCUGCGCGGCGGCUACUGCCGCAUCUCGCCGCUCUCGCCCGACAUGGCGGUGCUCUUGGCGCAGCACCGAGCGAAUGCACUCGAAAUCGAGCUCACCACCGCGAUACGAACACUCUCGUUUCUGGACCUCGACCGGUUUGCGAGCCUCAUUGGGCGUGUGCAGAGCGCGAUCCGCGAUGCGUGCCAGAGUCAAACACUCGGUGUACGUGGCGGUCGCCGGCGACUCGCGUGUGCGGCCGACGUUGACGCCGCGCCUCUGCCGCUGUGCAUGGCGUCGCUCUAUGCGACGCUGACGCACACGCGUCACCUCAAGUACGACGGCCGCAACCAGCUCCGGCUUUUCCUCAAAGGCGCGGGCUUUACAUACGCCGACAACUAUGUGUUUUGGAAAACCCUCUUUUGCCCGCCGACGACGCCCGCCGAAUUCGAGAAAAAGUACGCAUACAACAUCAAGCACGGGUAUGGUCUCGUCGGCAGCCGCAAGGACUAUGCGCCGUUCGACUGCACAACGAUUCAAAACGGACCAGCUCCGCGCGCGGGGCAGUGCCACGGGUGUCCGUUCAAGCACUGGGAAACUGCAUUUCUCGUCGCCAAGCUCCGGCCGACAGUAGGGCUCGAGACGGCGACGGCGAUCGCAGAGAUGGCAAAAGGCGGCCAGUAUGGACGAGCGUGCGCCAUGCAUUUUGAAGCCACGACCAAGCGGCCGGUGGCCACGAUUUCGCACCCAAAUGUGUACUUGGACAUGGCCCACGCCGCGUUGAGCUAA